UCAGUCCGCGCGCGCCCUCGCCAUGGCUCGGUGGCUGAAGGCCCUGGCGGUGCUGCUACUGCUCGCCGCGGCCGACGCGCGCAAAUCGCCCGCUCCCACAAAACACGAACCCCAGAUCGAGGAGGUCACCGCCAAACAACUCGAACGCGUGCUGGAAGACAAGGACUUCGUCGCGGUGUACUGGUAUGCGAGAAGCUGCGUGACAUGUGAUAAAGUAUUAGAAGAGCUAGAGAAGAUUGACGAUGACACCGACACGUUCGGUGUCGACUUCGUCAAGAUCAACGACAAGCGACUCGCUAAGCAGUAUGGCAUCACGAAGUUCCCCGCCCUCACGUACUUCCGUGAGAAGGAGCCGAUCAUAUACGAAGGAGAUCUCAUGGACGAAGAAAGCGUCCUGGAUUUCUUGACGAGUUUAGAAGCAAUGGACCUUCCUGACCGGAUAGAAGAAGUGAACCAAAAGAUCCUGGGAAAGAUCAUCGAGGACACAGACUACGUAGCCGUUCUCUUCUGUCCUGAUCACAAAAGUUGCGGCCCUUCAAACAAUAAGCCUGAAUGCAAGAAAUGUGCGAAAGCUCUCCAAGAGCUAGAGAACAUUGACGACGAAGCGGACCAGCUCGGGAUUGGUUUUGUGAAGAUCCACGAUGAGGACCUGGCCGAGGAGUACAGUCUUGGCGAGCUGCCAAGACUGGUGUACUACAGGCAUCAAAUACCUAUUAUCUAUGAAGGAGAAUUGAGCAGAGAAGAGGAUGUGCUGGAGUGGCUCAUAGCGAACAAGUCGACGGGAGAUGAGGAGGACAUCAUCGAGGACGUCACCGCGAAGACCUUGAACACCCUCAUCGGGAAUGUGGACAACCUUGUUGUGCUAUUCUACGACCACGGCGACGAUGAGUCAAUGACGGUGCUGGCUGAGCUGGAGAAGAUAGACGAUGACUGCGACCGCCACGGCAUCCAGUUCGUCAAGAUCGACGACGUGAAGGCUGCCAAGGCUUUCGGCAUUGACAACAUUCCGUCCAUCGUCUACUUCGAGAAGCAGAUCCCCAACGUUUACGAUGGAGAUCUGGAGAAUGAGGAAGAAAUCUUAGAGUGGCUGGUAGACCAACUGGAAAAGGACGAGAUUGAAGAUGUCACCGAUGAAAUGUUAGAUCGUCUGGUCAAGGAUGGAAAGACAGUCGCCGUGUUAUUCUAUGAUAAUAACGACCGCAAAUCACAGAAAGUAUUAACCGAAUUGGAAAACAUUGACGAUGAAUGUGAUCAACUUGGCAUUGCAUUUGUGAAAAUUGAUAACGAUGAGGAAGCAAAAGAAUAUGGAAUCGAAAAGCUGCCUACUUUGCUGUACUUUGAAAAGGGUAUUCCAACUUACUACGAAGGCAACCUAGAAGAAGAAGAGAAAGUUCUGGAAUGGCUCAGGUACCAGACGGAGAGCGAUGAAAUCGAAGACAUCACUGAUGAGAUGUUGGAUUUGAUCAUCGACAAAAUGCAAUACGUCGCGGUGCUGUUCUACGACAAGGAUCAGAAAAAGAGCCAGAAGAUCUUAUCUGAAUUGGAAAACAUCGAUGAUGAGUGUGAUCAAAAUGACAUCGCUUUCGUUAAAAUAGAUGAUGACAAAGAAGCUAAAGAAUAUGGCAUUGAAACGAUUCCAACAAUGGUGUUCUUUGAGAAAGGUAUCCCUCACAUCUAUGAGGGUGACUUGAUGAAAGAAGACGAACUGCUGGGUUGGUUACUUCACCAAAAAAGACACAGCGAAAUUCCAGAAGUAACAGAUGAAAUGAUGGACAAACUUAUUGAGAGCACACCUUAUUUGGCUGUUAUUUUCUACGAUAAGGAUGAUAAGCAAGACAUCAGGAUCUUAAACGAACUUGAAAACAUCGAUGAUGAACUGGAAAAGGAAGGCAUUGUUAUAGUGAGAAUGGAUAACGAAGCAGAAGCUAAAGAGUUUGGAAUCGAUCAUCUUCCUACUCUAGUGUACUUUGAAGAAAAUAUCCCAGCGAUAUACGAAGGAGAUCUGAUGAAUGAAGAUGAAGUGUUAGAAUGGCUUAUUGAGCAAAAGAAUAGUGCAACUAUUGAAGAGGUUACCGAUGAAAUUUUGACUGAUCUUAUCGAAGAACACGAAUAUGUCGUUGUAUACUUUAGUGGUAACUGCGAAGAAGGUGAAGAAUGUGACAAUAUCUUGGACGAACUAGAGAACAUCGAUGACGAGCUGGAUGAAACCGGUAUCAUUUUCGUAACCACUGAAGAUAUUUCUUUGGCCAAGAAAUACGGGAUCAAGACCUUCCCUACGCUUGUGUUCUUUAGAAACAAGGACCCGCUGAUUUACAAGGGUGACAUCGAGGAUGAGGACGAAGUUCUGUCAUGGUUGACUGAUGAGAAUACACUGGAGAUCCCUGGAAAGAUCGAAGAAGUUAACUCAAGAAUGUUAGAAAAGAUUUUGGAAGAAAACGACCACGUUGUUGUCUUUUUCUACAAGGAAGGCGAUAAGAAAUCACAGAAGAUAUUGAGUGAGUUGGAGAACAUCGAUGACGAAUGUGAAGAGAAAGAUAUCGAUUUCGUGAAGACUUCAGAUGAAGGUAUCGACAAGGAGUACGAUCUUUCAGACCUGCCCGCAUUGGCUUUCUACAGGCACAAGUUCAGGACCAUUUACGAAGGGGACUUAAUGCAUGAAGAAGCCAUUUUGAAAUGGGUGUUGGAGCUUCACGACUCCCAGCCAGACAUCAUUGAAAAUGUCGAUAGAAAGACUUUGAAGGACCUCAUUAACGACGUGGAACAUCUAGCUGUGUUUUUCUAUAAUGACGAUUGUGACACUUGUGAUGAAAUCCUGGAGGAACUUGAAACAAUUGACGAUGAUACUGACAAACAUGGAAUUCAGUUUGUAAAGUCCAAAGAUGCUAAAUUGGCAUCAGACAUUGGCAUUUUCAGCUUCCCAGCAUUGGUCUACUAUGAAACUGGUGUGCCAAUCAUGUAUGAUGGAAAUCUAUUGGAUGAGUCUGAGGUCUUGGAUUGGAUGGUCAAACAAAAAGAAGAUGAGAGUAUAGAAGAAAUAGACCGAGACAAAUUGUUCAAAUAUAUUGAGACAAAGGAGUUUUUGGCUGUUGUUUUCUACAAAGACGAUGAUCCAGGAAGUCCAAGGGUCCUCCGCCAUAUUGAAUUGAUUGACGAUGAAGCAGCAGAAUACGGAAUAAAAAUAGUUAAGUGCAGUGACAGACUGAUGGCUAAAAAGUAUGGAUUCCGCAAUCCGCCUGGGAUCACUUACUUCAGAAAAGGCAAAUACAUCAAUUACGAUGGAGAUAUUGACGACGAAGAAGAAAUAUUAGAUUGGCUGACAAACCCUGAAAACAUGGAACUAACUGAUCACAUAGAAAAAGUCAACAGAAAAAUGUUUCAGAAAAUAAGACAAACAUCGGAUUAUGUCGCCGUAUUCUUUUACAGUAAUGACUGCAAACAGUGCCCCAGAGUGCUGGCUGAGAUAGAGCACAUUGACGAUGACGCCGACGGCGCGGGCAUCAACUUCGUGAAGAUAAACGACUGGCAGAUGGCUAAGGAGUACGGAGUCUUCGCUCUCCCAGCAGUUCUGUUCUUCAAAAUGGGAUCUAAGGAUCCUGUCAUCUUUGCCGGCGAUCUUUAUGACGAACAUCAACUGCUGAAUUGGCUAUUGACUCAGAAAAACCCGGCUGGUGACGUAAUUGAAGCCUUGGAAGGGCAAGAUCUGCUCAACUUAAUUGAGGAAUCAGGGUCUUUAGCGGUAUACUUCUGGAACAAAACAUUGUGUGAGAUUUGCAAUUCAAAAGCAAUGAGAAAGGCGAUGAAAAAGAAAGACCACGAGGAGGAAGAGGGGCAGGAUCAAGAGGACGGCCCCGACUGCGAGCAGUGCGCGGGCAUAUUGGAAGAACUGGAGAACAUUGAUGAUGACUGUGACCGCCACGGCAUCAAGUUUGUCAAAACACAAGACUACUCAAUAGCUGAAUCCUACGGAGUUACAGAUUUUCCAGUAUUAGUAUAUUUCGAAAGCAAUGUGCCUAACGUGUACGAAGGGUCUUUAGCUGAGGAAGAAGAAGUACUUCAAUGGCUGAUUACGCAGAAAACAGAAGAUCGUAUAGAACUGAUUACCAGAGUAAUGUUGGAAAAAAUGGUUGAAGAGACACAAUAUUUAGCAGUCUAUUUCUAUAAAUUAAACUGUCACAUCUGCGAUCAUAUCUUAGAGGGAUUGGAGAGUAUUGAUGAUGAAUGCGACGUUUACGGUAUACACAUGGUCAAGAUACAAGAUCCACAACUGGCCAAAAGAUAUUCUAUCAAAACUUUCCCCGCUAUGGUCUAUUUUAGGAACGGCAACCCACUUCUAUUCGAAGGAGAUUUACAAAAUGAAGAAUCUAUCCUCGAAUGGCUUAUAGAUGAUGAUAAUCGAGAACUGGCAGAUGAAAUUGAAUCAGUCAACGAAAGAAUGUUGGAAAGACUGCUUUACGAAUCUCACUUACUGGUUGUCUUUUUCUAUGAUGAUGAAGAUUGUCCAGAAUGCGAAGAGAUUUUGGAAUCCUUGGAACAAAUUGAUGGUGAAGUCGACCAGUUUGGUAUUGAUUUCGUUAAGAUCGCAAGUCCAGAAGCAGCUGCCAAGUACAACGUUGUCAACAUACCCACACUCAUAUAUUUCCGCAAACAAGUACCUAUGCUCUACGACGGAGACCUACACCAAGUUGACAGAAUCCUGCAAUGGUUGACAUCUCAGGACGUUUUUGAAAUUAAAAAUGAAAUUGAGGAAGUCAACCGGAAAAUGCUGGAUAAACUUUUGGAAGAAAAUGAAUUCUUGGCUGUUUAUUUCUACGAAAAAUCUGCUGAGAGUCGUGCUGUAUUGGACAAGUUGGAAAACAUUGAUAGCGAAACAGAUAAUUUGGACAUCACUUUUGUGAAAAUGCAAGAUCCUCGGUAUGCGCGCAAAUGGGGCGUUACUAAACUUCCAGCAAUCGUUUACUUUAGGAAACGAUUCCCCAGUAUUUAUAGAGGCGACAUCAUGUCGGAAGACGAAGUACUGGAGUGGCUGAGAAAGAACCGAUUUAGACAGCCCGAGCUGAACAUCUUUAUGUAUGCGUUGAUCGCCCUGUCGAUAGCGUUCAUAAUGUACACUGCGUUCCUGCUGCAGUGCUUCAAGCCGACACCGCCGGCGCCCACGCCGCACCCGAAGCAAGCGUGAGCUCUCCGCUUCAAAGACUUUAACCUAUUUUUCUCUAGGUUUUCUCUGUUAUGACGUCUCGGCCGCACCAGGCCUCGAUCGACUCUUGACUACGACUUUACGAUCUGCCCGCUUCUAGUGAUCUAUAACAAAAAUCUUCCCUCUGAAGAUUUCAUUCUGCGGAUGGAUCAAAUCUAAUUUAGACAAUUACACGUUCUUGGGAUCAAACUUUUACUUUGAUAGAGUUUUAGAAUACGAAUGCCUAAAUUUAGUACGGAUUAUGUGACAGAACGAUUACUGGAUUGACUUUUUUAAUAAUAGGACAGAUUCUUUAGACGUUAAAUUAAUGGUAUUUGUGAGACGUUUCUUUUAUGUGAAAUUGAUUUGACUUUACUAAUAAUAACUGCCUCCUUGUUAGUUUUCUUUUCUGUGUAUGGCAUUUUGAUUUUUUACUGUUAACUUUGUUAAGACUGUGCAAUCUAUUCGGUAGCAAUAUCUGUAUGAUAUUUGGUGUGAGAUUACCGUUUUCCAGUGUGUCCAUGUCCAUUUCAAGAACAAUUAUUUCUUUUCGUAUGGGAUCUGUCCAUUUACUUUUAAUGACGUUCAUAGCCUCUUAGAUUUCGUUGUCUCUGUUAAGUUUGUGUUAGGUUUUCGGAGCUUCUGAAUGAUGCCACUUUUGCUAAAUGUUUAAUUUUAAUUGGCUCGGAUUGUUAUGUUAACUAACAUUGAAAACAACAUUUCUUAUGGGAAGGGAUCGCAAAUUAUUAACUAAAUAAAAAAUAUUUGUUUUAGCUACAAAGUUUGCGUUAAUUUUUGAGAUUGGUUAAAGCAAGUUAAUAUUCCGUAAAUUAGAAGGGUUAAAGAUAACUGAGUGGCUUUAUUCAUAAACUCCAGAUUUUUUGCGUGAGUGUUCGCUGGGCGGGAUCUGCGGGUCAGAACAAGAUCCUUUUAUUUUUCAUUCACCAGAAAUAUACCGAGUACAAGGUUACGUAAACGGUUGUAGUCUUGUUUGUAUACGAUCCAAGAAAAAAAGCCUCCUGUGUUGAUCCGCUGACUGAGGCCCGCAUGCUACUACGGUACUUUAACGACUUCUUUUAUUUUUCCUAAGACUUUAGCAAACUCCUUCGUCUAUUUACUGUCAUUUUAAUUACUAGAUACCUUAUCAAUUUUCGAGCUGCUUAAAAUACCGAAUACAAGAUUAAUUUAGUGUAAUUUCAAAUGAUAAAAUAGCAUUAUAUUAGAUGUAAGUAGUCCAAUAACUAACCGAUAACGAAGUCCAAAGUAACGUAGCUUCAUGCCUAUUAUGUAUCAUUCCCGCUCUCUCAGUAUGUAUAAAUUGUUGUGUAUAAUUAUAAUGAUACCUUCAUUAAUGAAACGUUAAGGGAAAUAUGAAGUUAAUGAAACUAAAUGCUCAAAAGAGUUAGUGGUGCGCGAAGACGCGCGCAUUCGUUAAAUUGUAUAUAAAAUGUAAAUAUAUAAAAUGAAUAAAAAUUGUAAAACUGU